AUGGAUAAAAGUCAACCUGGACUUGGAAUACAAUUAGCGAUUUUUGCUCCUGGUAAGUGAAGUUUCUUCAACAGAAGUGAAUACUAGUUUUAUUUAUAGAUUCAAUUGGAAUUCCUCGUGCUAGGAGAAUUCGAAAGCAGAGGCUCGCUCAAUUUUCAUUUCUGGAAGAUCGCCUUGCAAUAUUUCCAAAAUCGUGAAUCACAAGAUGUAUUCUACUUAUUUAUGAGGUGAGCCACGAGAAAGAAAAUCGAUGAACGUUUGUUUUUCGAGUUUUUGAGCUUUGAAAGUUUCCAAGUUUCAAGUUUAUGAUCAUUAUCACACCCUAUCUCAAAAAGGUCGUUCACAAUUUCAAAGUGAGAAAUUACGAUUAAUAAUACUCUUGGAGAAUCAUCCUUAUAAAUAUAUUAUCCUUUCUCAAUUUUCAGCAUGAAAUGCGCUUAUGGCUUCACACAGUGCUGUAUCUCUCCUCGUUGGCUCAAAAUGAUAAGAAACAGAAGUUCUCGUCAAAAGAUUGCCGAAGUCAACACCAAAUCAUUCAUUAGAAUGCCAAAGGAAUCUUCUCAUGCUUAUAUUCUACUAGUUUGGAGAUUGAAACAAUCAGAAAAUAACUAA